AUGCAAAAUUUAGGCUCUUCCUUCCUCGAAAGAUCCGCAACGACUGAUGACCGCACGCUCGCUGCACCAGGUCCGCUGGCGACACGGAAGGAGAUGAGAUCCACUCCGCUGAGGGGCGGGCUGCCGGCGGAGACUCACAUCUCCCCCUUCCCGGAGGACGACGACAUCCUCCCCUCGAACGCGAGAGUGAAGGAAUGGCCGAGAGUCGAAAGACCCAGGGCUGGGUCUCAGGCCGAAAAAAAUGGCCAGAACGUGUGCAGCACGAAAGAAUGCGAAGAAGCCGCCGACGAGCUGAUGGCCGCGAUGAACACAACCGCGAAUCCCUGUGAUGACUUCUUCGUUUACACCUGCGGGAACUGGAUUAAGGAUAAUCCCAUCCCGUUCAACUCCAGCGUCAAGACCAUUAUUAACGACCUCCGGCUCGAACUCAACCUGAGGGUCAAAGAAAUCCUGAAAAGAAGGCCUUUGUCGAACGACAGCGCGUCCGUCCUGGACGCGAAGAGCAUGUUCGCCGCUUGCGUCGACAACGAAACCCUCGAGUCGCUGGGGCUCACCCGUCUCACCGACUUCAUGGGGCAACACGGCGGCUGGCCGAUGGCGACGGGCGGGGGCGACCCCGACUGGCAGGAGACGGCGGCCGCCUGGAUCAGGGAGGUCAUGCUCAACACGCUCGUCACGGUCUCCGUGGGGCCGGAUGACAUGGACACCGACAUGAACUUAGGCUCUUCCUUCCUCGAAAGAUCCGCAACGACUGAUGACCGCACGCUCGCUGCACCAGGUCCGCUGGCGACACGGAAGGAGAUGAGAUCCACUCCGCUGAGGGGCGGGCUGCCGGCGGAGACUCACAUCUCCCCCUUCCCGGAGGACGACGACAUCCUCCCCUCGAACGCGAGAGUGAAGGAAUGGCCGAGAGUCGAAAGACCCAGGGCUGGGUCUCAGGCCGAAAAAAAUGGCCAGAACGUGUGCAGCACGAAAGAAUGCGAAGAAGCCGCGACAGUUUUACCCAAGUUUGAUGGACGGAUUCGGAUUUUUCCCCCUCGAAUAAAUGCGGCCGACGAGCUGAUGGCCGCGAUGAACAGAACUGCGAAUCCCUGCGACGACUUCUUCGUUUACACCUGCGGGAACUGGAUUAAGGAUAAUCCCAUCCCGUUCAACUCCAGCGUCAAGACCAUUAUUAACGACCUCCGGCUCGAACUCAACCUGAGGGUCAAAGAAAUCCUGAAAAGAAGGCCUUUGUCGAGCGACAGCGCGUCCGUCCUGGACGCGAAGAGCAUGUUCGCCGCUUGCGUCGACAACGAAACCCUCGAGUCGCUGGGGCUCACCCGUCUCACCGACUUCAUGGGGCAAAACGGCGGCUGGCCGAUGGCGACGGGCGGGGGCGACCCCGACUGGCAGGAGACGGCGGCCGCCUGGAUCAGGGAGGUCAUGCUCAACACGCUCGUCACGGUCUCCGUGGGGCCGGAUGACAUGGACACCGACAUGAAUGUACUCUAUCUGGACCAGUCGAGCCUGGGCCUCUCCAACAGGGACGUGUACCUGAAUCCGUCGCUGCAUGUGAUCCUGGACCCCUACAAGGACUUGCUGAAGGGGACGGCGAAGCUGGUCAGGGACCAUCACGGCUCGGCCGUCACGGACGCUGCAAUCGAUCGGGAGGCGGAGGAGGUCAUCGCCUUCGAGGUCGCCCUCGCCGAGAUCGUGGUGCCGAGCUCGGACCGGCGGAACGUCACGGCCCGCUACAACAGGCUGAGCCUGGCGGAUCUUCAGAACGCGACCGACGCCGGCGCCCCGGGAGUCCUGGACCAGUCGAGCCUGGGCCUCUCCAACAGGGACGUGUACCUGAAUCCGUCGCUGCAUGUGAUCCUGGACCCCUACAAGGACUUGCUUAAGGGGACGGCGAAGCUGGUCAGGGACCAUCACGGCUCGGCCGUCACGGACGCUGCAAUCGAUCGGGAGGCGGAGGGGGUCAUCGCCUUCGAGGUCGCCCUCGCCGAGAUCGUGGUGCCGAGCUCGGACCGGCGGAACGUCACGGCCCGCUACAACAAGCUGAGCCUGGCGGAUCUUCAGAACGCGACCGACGCCGGCGCCCCGGGAGUCGUGAGUCAGCACGCAAAGAUCCAGCCAAAUUCAACGAACUACUUGCACUGGCGGUUAGUGUACGCGGUGGGGGACGAGACGAACGAAGAGAUGCGGGAUCUUUUCUUCAAUUACUCCAAGAUCAUCUCGGGGAUCAACGAGCCUCCAGCGAGGGAGGAUGAGUGUGCGAGUCUGGUGAACAGCAUGAUGGGGAUGGCCGUCGGGAGUGUCUACGUCUCCGAAUCCUUUCCAGCCACUGCAAAGGAGGAGGUGGAGCAGCUGGUGAAGGACCUGAAGGCGGCGUUCGAAGAGAUCCUGGACUCGAUCGACUGGAUGGACGCGGCGACGAGGAAGAAGGCGAAGGAUAAGAACGAUGCCAUUCGGGCCUUCAUUGGAUACCCCGAUUUCAUCCUCGAUCCAAAAGCCCUUGCCGAUUAUUAUGCUGGGAUCAUCGUGAACAACAGCACUCACCUCUGGAACGCCUUCAGCCUGCUCGGCUGGUCGUGGAGGCGACAGGCGGCGGGCGUGAACAAGCCGGUGCACCGGGACGCCUGGAUCACUCACCCGACCGUCGUGAACGCCUUCUACUAUCCCCGCAUGAACUCCAUCACCUUCCCGGCGGGGAUCCUGCAGAGUCCGAUCUACCAGCAGGGGAGGCCCGCGGCCAUGAACUACGGCGGGAUCGGCACGGUCAUCGGGCAUGAAAUCACCCACGGGUUCGAUAACUCCGGUCGCCAAUACGACGCCAAGGGAAACCUGGUCAACUGGUGGACGGAUGCGACGGCCGAUGCUUUUGUGGGAAGGGCACAGUGUUUCAUCGAUCAAUACAACGGAUACGAUGUCCCGGAACUCUCGGGUGUCUUAAACAGUAUGAAGUUGAAAAGUAUUUUCUCUUUGUACGUUCACUAUAUAGCAGGUUCUACCUUUCUAAGAGAUUUCCAUCGUGAUUAUAAGCCUGGUGCUUAUAGACGCGAUAAAGAGCAUUCACACGUGAACGGUGUCGCGACUCUGGGAGAGAACAUAGCUGACAACGGAGGGUUGAGUGAGGCCUGGCUGGCCUACCUCAAAUACAUCGACCGAAACGGAACGGAACCCUCCCUCCCUGGUCUCAACCUCACGACUCAGCAACUCUUCUUCGUCGCUUCUGCCUACAACUGGUGCGGUCACAGCACCGUGAAGUAUCUGCUGAACCAGAUCUUGAACGGGGUGCACAGUCCGGCCAAGUUCAGGGUCUACGGACCCCUGAGCAACAACGUCGCCUUCGCCAAAACCUUCGGUUGCAAGGCCGACGACUUCAUGUUCAACGGGGUCGACAGCUGCGUCAUCUGGUAA